AUGUCUGACCACGGCGACAAGGGCAACGACCUUUCCGAUCUCCUUUCCUGCUCUGACACCAACUCUGUCCGUAGCGAUGAUACGGAGCCCGACCCUCCUAGCUCGGACACCGAUGAUUCCAACCCGCCUGGAACACCUAUCGAAACUCGCCACCCUACGAGAGUCACCAUUCAAUCCCCUGGCCAGUCAUUCAGCGAGAAAGAUCGAAUCACUAUGCCUCGCUCUAUGCUUCAGGGGGAAGGCUCCGCGCGCGGCUCACUGGAAUAUGACACCGUGCCUGAGAAGACCAUCAUGUCUGCGAGCAUCGGUGUGCCUAACGGACCUGCGGCGUCUUGGAAUCUACCCCCUCAGUUCCUGGAGUGGCUGAGAGAGAAAGCCGGUGUAGGGGGCGACGACUACGAGGUGGUUUGUAAGUACCUUGGAGAAGUGUGGCGUCUUCAGUUGCAGUGGGAUCAAGCGGGCCGCGACGGGUUCAUGACUCAAGAUGUUGUCGGGGUCGACGGGCAUACGUACGAACUACUUCAGAAUGUCCUGGACGAGACGUGGAACUGCAAGCUCGUCCGUGGCCAAGACUUGCAGUUUCAGCGCUGGGUGGCGUUCCUACGGUGCAUGAAGAUCGACUUCUGGCCGGUCCUUGGGAAAGCCAUCGCCAUUGCGCCGACGUUCGACGAAGACCUCACCAGCGGGAUCGCUGAUGUUAUGACUAAGGUCCUACGUGAGGCCAAGGGUGAUCCCCUGGACUCCACAGUGGCUACUUUGGUGCAGAGUACCGUCAAUGCGAACAGGGUGCGAUUCCGCAUGAAGUUCAGCGCCGUCCAUGUCGAUGCUGCGAACCACUUCGGCGCCCUAGGACCCAUGAUAUUCUUCUGCGCGGUGGCGCAGACCGAGCAAGAGUUCUUUUAUCAAACACACAAGUUGUCCCUCGCUCUGCCAUCCCUACCUUCCCUUCGCGGCUUCCUUAUCGCUCUCAUCAGCCCAGCGCCGCAUGAUGCGGACGUCACCAAGCUUCACAAGAUCUCCGGCACUAAGGAAUAUGUGCAAUGUCGAGUACUCGUCUAUAAUAGCGACGAUUUUGGGAAGUUCGUCGAGCGCGUUGCUCGCACAUCAACGCUGGAGAAGUGGGAGGAAGACAUCCAUCACAUGUGGCUAACUUCAGCGGCCGGGAACCCACAGUCCUUUCCAGCAGGGGCUUGGCAGCUCUUCGCCACCCAGCUCGACCUCAUUGUCCAGAGCUACGCGGACGCGCGCGAGCUUGGGUCCGCAUCACGCAAUGUUCCCGACGAGAGUUUUACCGCAACACCGAAACACCCAUGGCUCCUCUCGCCGAAGGACGCAGCACUCGCGCGCAGGAAGUCACUCGCUAAGGACAUUGCUGUCUGCCUGAAUCAGAAUGCCCGGUGGGUUGCGGGAAACGCCGUUGAUCUUCGUGCAGGGGAGGGCAAGACGAACUUGAAGUGGUCGAAGGACCCGUAUGGACUGAAGGGUCCCGUGCACGAGUGGGCGCUCCGCCCGGCGCCUUCGGAAGAUACAGAUCUCAAGACACCGUUAAGCGGCGGUGAACGUCAGCCCGUGCAUCACGGCGGGAACAGUUUCGCCGCCGCCCUCUUCGCCACCUUACUGUUGCGCCUGGAUCGCGCCUCCGCACUCCACUCUCUUACCGUCCAUGACGAAUAUACCUUGGAGAAGGGCAUACGCGCGGACACGGAAUAUCUCAUCAACGUUGCCCUGCGUUUGAGGUCAGUCCUGAGACAAGAGUUUUGUUAUGCUGAGACGUUGCCGCAUGCGACGCGGAAGUGCGCCACCUCGGAGGAAGAAGGACUCGCCCCCGUACUCGGGUUUGUCAUCGUGUGCGUGCACGAGAAGAAGCACCAGCGCACCAAGCCCAGCCGCGAGGUGCUGGAAGAGUGGAAGGUGGGCGUAGAGGCGCGCAAGCAGGUCCCUCGAGAGUGGGGACAGUGGUCGUGUAGGACGUGGCGAGGACGACGAGGGCAUCGGGAAGCCACAGACGUCCCAAUCCAGCGCGGGCGGACGACCCCGGAGUUCGAGGACAUGUUCAAGGGCAAGACAUCUACCGCCAUCUCGUUCAACGGCAGCGUUGUCCACGGCGAGACGGAAACAACCAUCAUUCUGGUACGCCCAACACACUUCCCCGUACUUCGCCGGGCCAAGACGGAAGGGUGGAAGAAGGAACGGAUCAUUGAAUCCUUUCCUCAUCUGUCCGUGUUUCGAGACAUGAGUGAUCUAGGAGCAGCCACCCCUUUUCUUGAGGAGGUCAAGCAGCUCCUUCGAUGUCACUGGGACGUCUCGCUCGCCAUCCGCGAAUACGAGCAUGGCGACGGCGACCUCGACUCGAUCUCUCCGCGCUCAAAGAUCCUCGUCAAGCGCGUUCUCGGCGCGAACACUCAUCAACACCUCUUCCCCGAUCCAGAAAACGCCGCCUCCUACGAUCUCGCCAUGGACGCCGAUACCAUCACAGCCGGUAUGCUGUGUGAAAGCGCGGCCAUCAUGGCGAGGAGGCUGCUCCGGUUGAUCGAGACGGUGAGCGCGGUCCGCGUGGAGUCGUGGGUAUACGGUGUUCGUGAAGAAGGAGAUGCGGGAGGUGGUGGCGAGGAGGAGAAUGCGGGGGUUGAGGGCGGGGACGCGGACGAGGUCGACGAUGUUAAGGAGGAGCGCGAUGUUGAGUAUCUGCUCGGUGGGUAG